AUGCUUCGCGUGGUUCCACAAGCGGACAAUGAAAAGCUGCUGCGGCGUGUUCCCCCCCUGCCUUCCCCCCCACCGAAGCCGUCUUUUCAGGUGGGAGCGCGCGUCAUGGAAUUCGACCCCAUCACCGGCUGGUUUCUCAAUGACUUCCGCGUCGUCCGCCUGCUCGGGAAAGGAGGCUUCGCAAAGUGCUAUGAAGUCUCAGACGCAAAAGGAAGCUACGCCCUCAAGGUGAUCAGCCGCACCCUACUCUCGAAUCCCAAAAUAUUGCAAAAGCUGCACAGUGAGAUCACCAUCCACCGUCGUAUGAAGCAUGAGAAUAUCGUCAAAUUCUUCCAUACUUUCAAAGACGAGCAUUACGUCUACAUCGUGCUGGAAAAAUGCGAAAAUGGCACGUUGAUGGAGGUGUUGAAAGCCCGCCCUUUGACGGUGCCGGAGACGCAGUACGUGAUGCUGCAAUGUCUCACCGCGGUGGAGUAUAUGCACGAAGAAGGGGUCAUUCAUCGCGACCUGAAGCCCGGGAAUAUCAUGCUAGAUGGGAAUUUAACUGUCAAGAUCGGCGAUUUCGGCCUCGCCGCGGAGCUCUUCCACGAGGGUGACCGUCGGCGGACGAUCUGCGGGACGCCAAACUACAUCGCGCCGGAGAUUCUCGAUCGGCAAGGCCGGGGCCACAGCUUCGAGGCCGACCUUUGGUCGCUCGGCGCCAUUUUCUUCACGUUACUCGUCGGCCACCCCCCUUUUCAGGCGGGGGAUGUCGAAACCACCUACCGCCGGGUCCGCGCCGGGCGCUACGACUGCCCCUCCGACCUCCCCAUCCCAGCGCGUGAUCUUAUCGCGAAAAUCCUCCAAAACAAACCGACCAGUCGGCUGGGGUUGGCGGGGAUUCGCGCGCAUCCUUUCUUCACCUCACCACCCACCACACCGCCUCUUUCCCUCACACAAAGCCGCUCCCAGCCGCAGCCGCGUCGGGCAGGGCGGGAGGGGAGGGCGAUGCCGCGCGAUCCGAACCCCCCUCUCGCCGAUGACAGCAACGUCGCGAAGGGGGCCUCCAGCGGGCAGCCUUCCAGAAAUCGACAACUCCCCACACCCGCGGCGGAGGCGCCGUUUAAACGAACCCCUCGCGCGGUUUUCUGCGCGGGAGGGGGCGCGCCUUCCGCUUCUUUUGCAGUUGCUCCCCCUCCUCCUCCUCUUCCUCCUCGUGAGAGAGACGAUCGACGAAAAAAAAAUGCGCCGGCAAGGCCCCAGCCGCUCACAACGCUUCACAAUCCACCGCAACAAACCCUCCGCACGAACGACUACGAUAACGAGAAAAAAGAGGAAAAGGAAGAAAAUGAUGAGGAGGGCGCCCCCCCUCCUUCCCCACAGGUUUGGGUGGUCGCCUGCGCUGAUUUUUCCGCGAAGUACGGCCUCUGCUACCGACUGAGCACCGGGCAGACGGGUGUAUACUUUAACGACGCCACCAAGAUGAUAUGGGAUCCAGCGCUGGGGAGGGUAGAAUACUACGCGCGCGUUCGCGUGGAAAUUCCCCAAGGCGACGGCGAGAGCGUCGAGCUCGCGGCGGACGAGCUGGAGGCGUUUCACAUCGAAAAUCCCCCUGCCGCGCUGGAAAAGAAGAUCGCCCUCACGAAGUACUUCACGUCGUACCUUGGUCGAACGGAUGGCAGUGGGGAUGACAAGGUGAAAGUGGUGUGCUGUUCUCCGUAUUUAAGUCCGAGCCCCCCUCCACCGUCAGGCCCACAGGUGGAGAGGCGCUUUAUUUACGUCAAGCGCUGGCUUUGCACGGACAAGGCGAUUGUCUUCCGACUUUCAAAUAAAACAAUCCAGGUAUGUUUUAAUGACGGGGCGGAAAUUAUCCUGAGCUCGGAAUGGAGGUUCGUCACCUACACCGACCCUUCCGGAAACCGCCGGACGUUGGCCUUGACUACGAUGGCAACCGAGUCCAGAAAGGCGGCGUCCCGUUUAAAUUACAUCAAGGCCAUUCUCUACAUGCUAGCAAAGGAAAACUGUCUAUAG